UGGCGAAGUAUUUUUAUCAAAACUUAGGAGAAAGAGGAGUAGAACAGCCUUUUCUCCAACCGAUUACUUACUUGGCUUACACUGAAAUACUAAAAAAAGAAAAUUUAUUGCUUUUUAAAGAAGAAUUCCAAGCUGGUUUAGCUUGUCCGGUGCUUCUUUCCUUGCGCGACUUAAUUAAAAAGCAUGGAAAUCAUUUAGAUUAUUUUUUUUCGCAAGUACCUGAUAUUACUGAUUAUCGAGUAUUAUCUCAUCUGGAAAAAUUAGCCAAAAAAUAUGCCGAGGCUUUUGCUUGUGAAAUUCAAUAUAAAGCCCAAGAUAGUCGUUCAUCACUUACUAAUUGCUUAUCAUCCCAUAAAUUAAGAAGUGUUUUUGCUUUCACAAACAAAGCGUUUAAGGAAUAUUCGGUUUAUACUCUCUCCGAAGUUAAAGAGAUAGAUAACCAUUUUCACUAUAUCAAUGAAAAGGACAAGAAAAAUUUAACCGAAUUAUGCCAAAUGUCCUUAGGCGAGGAAGAGGGAAGAAUGGUUGGAGUCCUUGAAAAGAUUAAUAGUUCCCAAAAGCAUCCAGAGAGAAAUUUCCUUUUUAGUCCAGUUUUUUAUGACUUUGAACACUCUUUCCAUCCUAACCUGCGAAAAAAGAAACUAAAGACUGGUUCUUUAAUCUGUAUUAUGGAAGAGGAAGAUUGCCUUAAUUACUAA